GAGAAAAACAAAACAAUCGGCUCGAUUUCUCUCCUCAGUGUUUCUUUCUUCACAAGCCCUGCGAGAUCGUUCAAGAGACUCAAAACCCUAAUCUAUCAAUUAAUCUCUCUUAUUGUUUGAGAAUUGUGCAAUCCGAUGGGGACGAUGCACCGGAGUGGUGCUCCCAGAAGGACAAAUGAAAAUGCAAAGCUUAUCAUUACGACAAUCGUAGGAAUGGUGUUUGGGUUUUUUGUUGGUAUCACAUUACCAUUAGGUGCCUUUAGAAAGAUUAGCUUACCUUCAGGCCUUAUAUCAUCUCUUGAUGUAGCCAUGUCAGAUGGGAAAUUGUUUUCUGGUGGCAGAUCACCUGAAGAUUUUGGUUCAAGAAAGUCUCCCAAGAUAUAUGUUCCAACCAAUCCACAUGGUGCAGAACUACUUCCUCCAGGGAUUAUAGUGGCAGAAACAGAUUUUUACUUGCGCAGAUUAUGGGGUGAACCUAGUGAAGAUUUGAAGAAGAAGCCAAAGUAUCUCGUGACUUUUACCGUUGGAUUAGAGCAGAGGAACAACAUUAAUGCAGCUGUUAAGAAGUUUUCUGAAGAUUUCCAAAUCUUGCUAUUCCAUUAUGAUGGCCGGACAACUGAGUGGGACCAGUUUGAGUGGUCCAAAAACGCAAUACAUAUCAGUGCAAAAAAGCAAACAAAAUGGUGGUAUGCAAAGAGAUUUUUGCAUCCUGAUGUUGUCUCAGCUUAUGAGUAUAUAUUUAUAUGGGAUGAAGAUCUUGGAGUCGAGCACUUCAAUGCAGAUAGGUACAUUGAGUUAGUUAAGAAGCAUGGUUUGGAGAUUUCUCAACCAGGCUUAGAGCCAAACAACGGACUUACAUGGGAAAUGACAAAGAGGAGAGGUGACCGAGAUGUCCACAAAGAAACUAAGGAAAAACCAGGAUGGUGCAGUGAUCCACAUUUACCUCCAUGUGCUGCGUUUGUUGAGAUUAUGGCACCUGUAUUUUCUAAAGAAGCAUGGCGAUGUGUAUGGCAUAUGAUUCAGAAUGAUCUUGUUCAUGGAUGGGGUCUCGAUUUUGCUCUCAGACGAUGCGUUGAGCCUGCUCAUGAGAAGAUUGGUGUGGUAGAUUCACAGUGGAUUAUCCAUCAAGUGAUUCCUUCCCUUGGAAGUCAGGGUGAGUCGGAGAAGGGGAAAUCUCCAUGGCAAGGGGUGAGAGAGAGAUGCAGAAACGAAUGGUCGAUGUUCCAGAAUCGCGUGGCAGAAGCAGAUAAAGCAUACAUGGAACAACACAAGGUAAAAGAAUAAUUGGGGCCUCUUCUUACUAUGUCUCUGUAAAUGAAGCUUUCGUUUCCAU